CCAUCCAUGUGUGGACUGGACCGAAGCAAUCUUGCUUUGGAAUGCUCAAUGUUUUUGUUUCAAAAAUAUAAAUAUAAUUUCACACUCAAAGUUAAUCUUUUCGUCUUACAAUUAACUCUAAAUCAUUUGGCCUAGGUACAUACGAGUAAUUUAGGAGAGAAUUUCCAUGAAAUCCACAAUUUUCUCAGGUGUUUUCAGUUUGCGAACUAUUAUGCCUUUUCAUAACAUUAACUGGAAAGUCUUGGAAAAAGUUAAAAUUGAAUGAAAUGUAACUAUCUACGGAACAAAAUUAAAUUAACUAUAUUUAGCAAGUUAGUCAUAAUUACCACGUGGUUACUAGGUGUUGGGUAUCGACGGUGUAGCCCGAACUACACAAACGUAUUGUUUCACUUUAAUCCCACAAAAAAACGACGCCUCUGGUAAUUUUCCUACAAAUGUACAAAGAAUGUUAACUACUUACCCUUAGAAUAUUAUAUUGUAUUCUGUUAUAGUGUAUUGUAUAGGUCUUUAGACCUGUGUAUGGGUAAAUAAAGGUAUAUUGUUCGCUGCCUAUUUACGAUUACAAAGAAUUUCUUACCUGUAAUUUCUUUAGUAUCGUAACUAUCUAUCAAAACUUUUUGUACUUCAUCUGUCUACGUUCAUUUCGCAGGUACAUUUUCAUUGUUUGGUACUGUUAUCCUUAUCAUGUUUAUUAUGUUAGAAGUAUUUUAGUUAUGAUUGUGUUAUUUGAUGAGUCUCUCUGAUAUGCCCACGUGAGCGACGCGUCACUUGAGUGACUGUUAUCUUGUGCGUAAAAUGGCGUCACCAAUCCAUAGUCUACGGAUCAUUCCGAAUAGUCUCCUUCAAUCGACUCUCACAAUAUGCGCAGCAUUUUUGUUAUUAUGUUGUUAGAAUUAGAUAAACAAGUAUUUAGUGUUUCUUAGUUAGCAUUCGAACGGUAAUUUGUUUCGUUAUUCUAAAUAUUUUAAAGAGCUCGUGGUAUUUACAAUCUCUAAUGUGCUUUUAAUUACCUAAAAGCAAAUAUAAUAAGAAUGAGGUCUUUACUUUGUACCGGCAUGUAAUUAGUAUAAUGUAUUUAACUUGUUAAUUCCGAAGUUAUCGGAGAAUGUUUUUCAAUGAUAAUAAUGCGUCUAUUCUUAAUAUUGGCCGUGUAAAUACGACGCCUUUUCAGUAUUUGAGGUACGAAAUUGAAAUCAUCCCUUCUCAUUAGAUGAUUAUUGAAGAGCGACAAUUCUUGACUACUUACAGAUCCUACCUUUAGCACGAUUUUGAAUCAGAAUAAAAAGCAGUUAAUACCGAUAUUCAAAAUCUGUUGAGCAACGAUUUCAAGCUAAAAUAUACUGGGUAGGUUUCACAAUUGGUAGCACUCUCUAAGGACUGUUUCUUUCGUGUUAUUGCAGCACCAUUAUUCGUGGUUUCGCUCUUCGUAGAAAGUAGGGGCAGCUAGGGAAGACAUCGAUUUUCGGCACCCUACGCACUUGGUAAGUACAAAGUUCGGGGACCGCGGGGGCGUCAAGAUGGCCGCGACAGGGCCUUCCCGGACCUGCCUCACGCGCACACCCAACACAAGGUCACGGUGCAUGUGCUGCCACCGCUGCGCCUCCCAAAAUACAAAAUCUCGAUAAUAGGAAACACUUUCCGUCCCUUUCUUUUCUAUUACUAUUACGUAUGUUCUCUGUCGCACAUCCGCUUUCGUCCGUAGAUUUGUUAUUGUCGAUAGUAAUGUAUUUACCGAAUAGUUGAUCAAAGUUAAUUUUGAGUUGGAAUCAUGAAAUGUAUGAAAUUAAUUUUAAUAAGCAUAAACAUACAAUAUUAAUUAUCAGUUCUUUAAGUGGGCAUAGCGCACAAAAUGAACUAUAAACCCAAUUAAUAGUUACAACAAACAAAGAUUUAAAUUGAAAUCGACUUGCGAAAAUAUAUUUUUAUUGCAUACAAACGCCCUUCCCUUGCCAACCCUAAUCAUAGCAAACCUCCUUAUCUAAAUUAUGGAAAAUUUUGGAAUGCGACACAAAGGCUCUCUAUCGCACCCUCGCCUAUCACUGUUGCUGUCUCACUCACUCUUUACCUACGAUAUCACAAGGGGUAGUGGUAGGGGCACACAAAAGAUUUUGGGAUGGUUUUUUUUCGCAAAGUGCACCACCACAUGAAAGGGAUCAGUCAGUGCAACCAUCAGUUCAUCGCAGGAGCAUCGACAGGGUGCACCUCCGGCGCCCAUCAAGUUAUUCAUAGUUUAUAUUAGUUGAGAGUGUCAGUCGUCUGCGAUUGCGACUACAGUGAGCUCGUGCCCUUAGAGUUUAUUUUUAAAAUCUCUGAUGACGUAACUUGAAACGCCUAACAAUGACGUCAUUUGCAAAUCUGACGCAGUCUCUAGCAUCGAGUCUGCCAUCGACUUCGGGUGCCAGCGGCUCUGGUCAUAGCUCUAACGACCAGGAGGAUUCGCUGGCCAUGUCGCAUAUUAUAUGCAACCUCCUGGAAAAUAUGAAUAAUCCAUCGAGCCUUCAAGGCGGAGCGUCGAGCUCAACAUCUUCCACCUCGCAGUAUGACAUCUGGGCCCUGCCAGCACCCACCAUGCAGAAUCCCCUGGGACCUAUAAGCCGUGAGUACAAUUCCAAUAACAACCAUCAUCAAGAUAACUCGAGUGGCUCACCCGGAACCUCGUCCUCAGUGUCCAUCAACUGCUACCGCUGCGACUCCCGCAGCCCAACAAUUCGUUGUCUCGAGUGUAACGAUUUGUACUGUCACGACUGUUGCCAUAACAGUUCGUCUGAAUGUCAAAUUCGAGAACACACGCUACUUCCUAUACACCAAAUAUCGCCUAUCGGUGUCAGGCCUAACUCUGAAAACUAUAUAUCUACUGUUAAUAUGAGCCACAUAGAGAAAGAUUACAUGUUCUGCGAUAUACACGGUGAUCUCGUUAGAUUUUAUUGUGAACCGUGCAUUAUCUAUAUAUGUAACGAGUGCAAGUUGUGGGUGCAUAAAAAUCAUAGUCAUUUUCCCAUUAAAGGUGCUCUGGACGUCAGUCGCGUCGGUCUUUUUCGGUGUAUAGACAAUACAAAGAGAGGUACAAAAGCAGUAAAAACUGCAAUAGAUCGCGCUGUGAUUCUGUCUAAAGCAUAUGAGAAAGAAACAGCAGAGGCCAAUAUGAAAAUAAGAAAAGCGAUGCGUUGUUUUGCACAGGCUAUCGAAGAUAGGGAAAAAUACUUGUUGGAUAAAGUAGAGAAGAUGCGUCAACUUAAAAUGAAUGAACUCUCAGAUCACAUGAAUACACUGAGAGGUAUUUUAGCUGGCUUAUCUCACACGAAUGAGACUUUAGUGCGAAGUAUACACUUUGAAGGAGUAGAUUUGUACUUGGCAAAAGAGAAAGGAAAACAACAAGUUGAGUAUUUUGCUAACACAUUCAAGAACAUGUACGUGUCAGAAGAUCGAAUCAUUUUUAUCCCUCCGAAUUACGACAUUGUGGACUUGCUGAAGAGACAGUGUGAUCUAUAUUCCACACCAUCAACUUCGUUGCCCAGCCUGCCAUCGACGUCGUCGUCAUCGUCGUCUCACCAGAUGAUGCCUAUGCAGCCUUCUCAGAGCAUGCAGCAGGUCCAUUAUAAUAUGCCAGGACCUAGUAAUAUGAGAUCGGUACAGGACUACGCAGGGCCAUCACACUCGCGUUCGAACAAUUAUUAUGAACAAAACGUUUCGUCGACCUUAGCAAUUGAAUCUAACCAUACUCGUGGCACAGGUCAAGCGAUAUCUGGAUUUUGGAUGGCUGUGUCUGUAAGACCCACUAGAAGCCCCGUUCCUGGAGUUCCAAUGCUCUCAUUCGCUCGCGAAGGGCAGGACGAAGGACAAGUGUCCAGACCGUGGGGCCUAUGUGUAGAUAGAGAAGGAAAUAUCAUUGUUGCUGACAGAAGGAACAAUCGAAUUCAGAUAUUCAGCUGUAGAGGUGAAUUCAAAACAAUGUUUGGAUCUAAAGGCACUGGGCCGGGAGAGUUCGAUCUUCCGGCUGGUAUCACUACUGAUAGUUUUGGACGCAUUAUCGUGAUUGAUAAAGACAAUCAUAGAGUUCAAAUAUUUACAUCUUCUGGUAACUUUAUUCUCAAGUUUGGUUCUUUCGGCAAGGAAUGCGGACAAUUUCAAUAUCCUUGGGAUGUUGCUGUAAAUUCACUGGGUAAUAUAGUUGUCACCGACACACGUAAUCAUCGUAUUCAACUGUUUACUAGUGAUGGAACUUACAUAACCAAGUUCGUCUUUGAAGGUGCUAACCCGGCUAAAAUGCUGAAAGGACCUACAACUCCUAGAGGUGUGUGUUUCACGACAUCAGGCAAUAUUAUAGUGUCGGACUUCGAGAAUCAUCGUCUGCUAAUGGUGGACCCAACUCUAUCUAAAGUGUUAUAUUGUGUGGGUCGUGAAGGUUCAGGAAUCGGUGAACUCAAUCGUCCAUCGGGGAUAGUGACUGACGAUGACGGACGUAUAAUAGUCGCCGAUUCUAAGAAUCAUCGUGUGUUAGUGUUUACGUCUGAACUUCGCAUACUGUGGGCUGUGGACCUGAAGAGUCCCGGCCUCGACGACAAAGACCGGCCCAGCGACGUGGCGCUUACGCCAGAAGGCUUCCUCGUCGUACUGUUCGAGACGCUCCCCGACACCGCGCGCGACAUUUCCUCUCACGGCAAGCAAUACAUCAAAGUAUAUUAAAAUAAUAUUUUUAUUAUUGUACCUAAUGUUAAGGCCAACUAAGUUCGUGGACCUAAGGUCAUCCGUAUAUAAUUUUAUUUUUUUCGAUUUAUUUGUGAUUUAUUUGACAAUGUGCCAAUUUUAUUAUUAACGUUUGGAAAAAUUCAAUCGAGCAUAGCUUGCGCGGAGAACUUUAGUUUGCCCAUCAGCCUCUAGUCGACCGAUGGACAGCGAUGUGCGAGCUAUGUUCUCCAUGAGUCCUGAUGUAGUUUUUGUUACCAGUUCUUUGUUUUUCGUUUCCACAUUUGGCUAGUCUCUAAGGACCAAACAAUGUUUGCAGUGUAACUUACAAUGUAAAAUAGACGCCGCAAGUAUAAAUAUCAUAACCUGUAUAACUGUAGAGCAACACCAAACUCAUAGUCGGUGCACUAAAUAUUUAAAGUCGAUUACUAUGUAUUUUCCGGUCCGAUCCCUGCGAUGUAUCGCUAAAAUAAUCGAAUAGAGAAAUCAUAAAGAUAAAUAUUAUAGAUAAUCACAAUGUGAUGUAAAAGAUGUUUUUUAUGUGAGAUAAAUUAAAGGAUAACUUGAAAAGUAUUUUUCCACAAUGUUAAAUUUUGCGUUUUUUUAACUUGGUUAAAUUGACUAAUGCUGACGUUUGAUACGUAUUUUUAUAAUAAGUUAUUUUUGCAUAAUGAUUUAGGUGCAUAUAAUUAUGUUUAUUAUAGUCAGGCAUGCGUCGGGAUGGUGGCGACGCUCGGCUUCGAUUAUGUUCGUAUUAUUUACUUCUUAUCGCUUUUUCUGUUUGUUUUUCGCGGCUUGAUACGAUGGAAUGUGAAAAUGUAUGGAUGAGCAAAAGAAUCAAUGCAAUAAAACUUUAAGACUGACUUUAGAAGACUGUCUUAAAGAAGUUGAGUUGUUCCGCCACCGGGGGGCGGUCGGCAACAGGCGGCAGUCGCGACUUGCGGUGUCGCUCGAUUUAAACCAAAAUUUUAAGUAUUAUUGUAACAUUCGGCAAAUAAACGAAUUCAUCGUUUCAAAUCUAUGCUGAAGAUCUUAUUGUCGUAUUCGCUUAUGAUACGUGAUAUUUUUUUAUUUUCGUAUGUAAAACGUGAAAAUGUUUUUUUUUUUAUAUUUUAUUUCGUAUUUUUUAUGUCGCAAACCUUUGACUGCCGGAUUGAUCGGGUUUAUUAAACGUAAUGUUAGUCAUGAAUUAGUAUUGAGUGUGAAUGAGGUGGCAUUCCAAUAUUUAUUUAUUUCGAUAAAUAAAUGUAAUGCCGGUUGAUGGUAUGCAUCAACUGUCGAGUACGGAUGGGUCCGCGUACAUGCGUCUUGAGAAUCGGAUUGCAUUAGAGAGCAUUAGACAGUGCGUGCCGCGUAUCUUUCUCGAAUAAGUUCCGCGCACUUUCAGGCUUCUAGCUAAUUGGAAGAUAAUCUGAUAUCUAAAUUAGUUAUGAUUUUAAUUAAUUAUUAUUCGCGUGGUCGUAUACAAUUUUCUAUUAGUUCAAAUAUUAUAGUAAAAUUCUUUUGAUUAAUAAAUGCUAUCAAAUUGAUACGAUAUUUUUCAAAACAUAAUAUGUUAGGUGACUUUGAGAUACACCCCUAUAUGUGUUCAGUCGGUAUGUGUUCACUUAAUAUAAUGAAUUGUUAGAUAAAUAAUUUAAACCUAAGUUUAGUUGCAUGCGAGAUGGUUAAGUUGAGUAACGAGUGACGCAUUAGAUUGUGUGCAUCGAUUCUCCCGUCAUGGUUUUCAAUAAUUUGACACCCUGCCAUCAGUACUUUUAUCUUAUGUUCUUUUUCUAACGUCAAGUCUCAAGAGCAUUGUCUGAUCUAAGUUAUCCUACAAUUUAUCGUUUGAAAAGAAUUUACAGCUGUUUUUGAUGAAAUGUAGUUAGAGGAAUUGUUCAGUUAAGAAGACAGAUUGUAUGAAAACCAUGUAUGUUAUACGGGAUUAAAUCUUCUAAUGUAUAAGGUAUUGCUCUAACGGAGAGCGGCGCGGGGGCGGACUGCGUGCUGCGUGCAGGCAACACUUGUAAUUUGGUGCAAUGUCUCGCGGCGAACAAGUUCCUUGUGGAGCUGCUCAUUUUCCUGAGCUGGCUAUGACAUGGGCUGCGAGUACAUUUUCAUCAAAUUAUACUUUUCAUUUACGUGUUUUUUGAAAAAAAAAACAGUUCCAUGAAUUACUUGCUUAAUUACAAAAGUGUUACAGCUCGUUCGGCCCCCAUGUCUUAGGGAAUAAAAUGUAGUAAAUUGAAAUAAAGUUAGCUUGAAUCUAUUGUAACGGCUUACGUGGACAAACUGCACUCGCGGUGGUCGUCGUUCGUUGUGUUAGUUUAUUAUUGUCUUAGUGAAUCUGAGUGAACUAGUAUCGGCAGUCGCUUUCGCUACAGGCAGUGCAUACUUGUAGUCGUAAUUUGUUGUAACGUCUGCGAGAAACAGUUUGUCCGGUGGCUCUCGUUAUUGUUUCGCGGUAAUGUUAGCUGGUGUGUAUUGCGUAAUCAACGCCACAACUUUCUCCAGGUAAACUAAACUAAAGCAUAAUAAAUUACUAAGUAAGUUACUAUACGGCUAGACAUAAAUUUUCACGUUUGUACUUAGGGUUAAAUAGAAAUAAGUCUUCUAAAUAUCCUAAAAUUUGAAGCUUCAAACAAAAAUUUUCUAGUAAUGGCGUGGACAGUAGACAUUAAAUUAAGGUACUGAUAUAAUUAUAGAUAACGUUGACUGGAAUAUGAGUCUGAAAUUAAUUACUU